AUGGAAGAAGUAGCGGUUAUUGCUGACGCGGCAGGACCUUCCAAAUUCUCCCUCCUACUCCCCUCUCACCAAGGAUUCAUGAUGAUCUUCCAAAACCGGCCGUUGAUUGUCGCGUUUAUCUCGCUCUGGGUCGCCCAAUUCCUCAAGCCUUUUACAUUAUGGCACUGGGAGAAGCGAUGGGAUUUCAAGCGAAUCUUAGGAUCCGGCGGCAUGCCCUCAUCGCAUUCGUCGUCCGUCAUGGGUCUGGCGUGCGCUGUCGCCUUCCAAGAAGGCACGGCCAGCCCGUUGUUCGCCGCGUGCCUCGUUUUCGCCGUCGUGGUCAUGUAUGACGCCUCGGGGGUUCGGCUUCAGGCAGGCCGGCAAGCAGAGGUCCUAAACCAGAUCGUAUAUGAGCUGCCACCAGACCAUCCCUUGGCUGAGUCCCGGCCUCUCAAGGAGCCCAUUGGACACACACAACCUCAGGUGGUGGCAGGAGCUCUUGUUGGGGUUUUUGUGGCGUACUUUAUGCACCACUUCUACCCAACAGCAACUGCACUCGCUACUAUUGUUUUGUUAAAAGUCCCCGAUGUGGAAGCGCUUGGCAGAAGCCGCAUCUGCGGCAUCGCGACGAGGUACGCCGCCACGCGCGUCUCACGACUCGCCGCUUUCCGCGCUUCGCAUUCACACUGCUGUCCGCAGCAAUUCCCGCAGAGAGCCCAGCUUGCCACAUAUCCCCAUUCAUGCGUCCCAGUUCAUCGCUCUCCACCCCUCUCCACCCCUGCCGUCCCCUGCCGGCGCGCAGCGGUGGCAUGGCGGUUGGAGGAGCUGCAGCCGCCCAGCGAGCGCGUGCUGUUCCACUUCGCGAGGGCGGGCGCGCGGGGAGAGGAGGGCGCGCAGGGCGGCACGCAGGGCGCGAUGGACGUGUGGCGCGUGUAUUCCGACGCCAUGUAUGGCGGUGAGACGGUGUGCGCCUGGGUGCUGCGAGCCCCAGACCCCCAAGCCCCUCUGUCUUUCUCUUUCCCGCCCCUCAACUUCCAAACCUGCCGCCCCUCAGGUUCGUCAACCGCCACCCUCGCCCAUGCCACGUCCGGCAGCGCCGAGCCUGCAGGGUCGGGCACGGAGCUUUCAGGCAUGGGCGGGGAUCAGGGGCGCAGAGACAUGACGGGCAGAGAUAGAAUGGAUGGCAGCGCAGGGAUGGUACACCCACCCCACCCACCCACCCAGCAUGGCUGGGAGGCACGAGCUAUGCGCCGGCAGCAGCACCAUCACUUCGAACCUCCCUCCUCGUUUGGUGAGUUCCUUUCCCCGUCUCCCGCCUUCUUCCCUCUCUCCUCUCCCUCUCUUCUCCCUCUCUCCCUUCGCACCUCGCUGCCGUGCCCAACUCCGUGUUCGCAGGCAGCUUGUCCCGACGCGUGCAGGGGAGGAGCAGGGCCAGGGCGUGGAAGGGCGGGGAGGGCGGCUGCUCAAGGGUGGCUUCGCUGGCAUUCGAACGAUCGAGGUGAGUGUCACAUGUGGAAGGCGCGUAAAGGGAAGAGACGGGAGGGGGGUGUGGGCCUGUGGGGAGGGCAGGGAGGGCGGCUGUGGUGGGCCAUUCGGUUCAGACGAGCCAUUGAGCCGCGUUUUGGAGGGGAAUCCGAAUUAAAGAAGAAGAAAAAGGCUCACCUGCAACCCACCCACCCACUCGCUUGCGUUUCCCACCACUGCCUCCGCCCACCACUGCCUCCGCCCACUGCUGUGUCACCUGCUCCCACCACCCAGUACGGCAUCAAUGCCCCGUGUUUGAAGCAGUGUUUUGAGACGUCUCAAAACACAUCUCCGCUCGGGUGGUUCCAGGGCUUCUCAUCCUCGAGCAGCCUGGAGCAUCUCCUCGCUGCUGCUGCCGCUGCCUCUGCUCGUGCCAUCAUCUCACUCUCUUGCUUCUCUCCUCCACCUAACCCCCCCUCUCCCACUUCCUUCCACCUCCUCACCCUCUCUCCCAGGCGCAUGCAGCAUGCCGCCCGCCACGACCUGGAGCCAUUCGCCUCACUACUGCUGCACCGUCUCAACCCCGUUCUUCUCUCCACCGCCUAUCCGACUUGGGUGUGCCCACUUCCACCCACCCACUCCGCCCCUCCCAGGCGCAUGCAGCGUGCCGCCACGACCUGGAGCCAUUCGCCUCACUACACCUGCUCGUACGUGGUGACGGCCGCACCUACCUCUCCACCCCCAGUCGCACCUACCUAUCCCCAGUAUCCCCUACCGCUCUCCGCAUUCUCAUGCUGCACUGCACCACUCUGCAUCUCUCUGCCCUGCUCUCAUCUUGCUUUUGAGACCUAUUACUCAUUCCUUUGCACUUUCCGGGUUGCUCUCACGUCCUUGUCUCGUCUCGCCAGCCCUUUCCUUUUCUGUUUGUUUGAAGAGAACGUUCACAGAUACCUUUUGAGCUGCGCACUGAGAGGUGAGUGGGGGGGCCAGCAGGCAGCGAGGAUAACACAUGGCAGGCUGCGCACUGAAGGGUGGGUGGGCGGGCCAGCGGGCAGUGAGGAGAACACAUGGCAGGCGUUCCUGCCCUCGCCACGAGGGCGGUGGGGAGUGGUGCAGAUUCCCCUGGCCAGCUACCGCCUUACAUGGAAAGGCAGGGUGGUGGGCGGCGGUGGGGGAGGAAGAGAGGGGGGAGGGGGCAGUGGUGGUGGAGGGAUGGAGAUGAAUGCGCGGAGAGUGGUGGGCAUGGGGAUAUCAGUCAACGUCAGCACCCCUCCCAUGCACUCUCCGCAUCUCAGUGCCACUGCCCCGCUCACACAUCCUCCUCACAUUGCUCCAGCCACUCCUGGUGGUGAUACUGCUGCGGCGGGCGGUGAUUUUUGUCCUGAUGGUGCUGACGUGGAGUCUGACGCGUUUCCAGUGCAUGGCGAGGGCCCGUUUAGACUGGAGGUUGCGUGGGUCAAGGCUGUCAGGGAUGGUGCUUGA